AUGGGCUCGUGGUUCAAUUGGUUCAAAGGUCCCGAAGAAGAGGCUGCUCCAACACGAGAGGGUCGACAGAAGUGCUGGGAUGCGAGAGACGAGUACUUUGCAUGCCUAGACAAAGCUAAAGUGAUAAAAGCAGGCGAUGAGGGGAGUGCAUGUUCGAAGGAGAAGAAGAGAUACGAAGGGAGUUGCGCGAAGAGCUGGAUUGAGUAUUUCAACCAGCGGCGCGUGAUAGCGGAAGCCCAAAAGGACAGACUUGCUCGCGCCAACGAACAGGCACAAGCUGCCAAAAAGUAA